AUGAGCGAAGAAAGAAAAGUAAGGAUAGCACAAGACAACUCACCACUGGGGAGAAGAAGUAUGGGAAGGCUACGAAAAAGAUGGAGUGUUAUCCCGGCUUUGGAAGAUGACGAAGGCGACGAAGACGACGAAGACGACGAAGACGACGAAGACGACGAAGACGACGAAGACGACGAAGACGACGAAGACGACGAAGACAACGAAGACGACGAAGACGACGAAGAUUCCACAAUCACUAAAUCCACUCUCGACUCGAUUCAUAUAACCGUUACCGCCCCUCAAAAAGCUGAUGGUCCAAGAAGACGGAUUCUAGCCAUAAUAGGUAUCAUGCAUCACGUCCAGAUGAAAGUUGUUCCUGGAUCAGCAGUUGUGGAUUUUCGAUGCCACAAGAAAUCGGAAGAACCUCUUGCACCGGACAUGAGUGUAGUGGCUGAAUGGAAUAAAAUUCAAAACAUAGAAGUGCAAUUUGAAGAUUAUGUGACAAGUGAUGAACGUCUAGCUACUACUGGAACACUAACUGAUGCUGAAAUCAUCGACAUAGUUAAUCAGAAUAUGGAUGACGAUAACAUUAAUAAAAAUGACGUUGAUUAUACUGAUCCGACAAGUUUUGAACCACCAAUAGCAAAUAACACUACGAGCUUUUGCUGA